GGGUUUUUAAGCAGUGGAGGUGACUUGUUGCCGCCAGCGAUCGCAUUCUCAGCAGCAGCUGAUGCUGGAGACUGCGGCUGACGAGCUUUGUAGCAGCCACGACCACCUCGACACUAGAAUCUCAAAUAAGAUCGCUCUCACAACGUGUUCACAAGCUCCCAAGACCGAGAGAUGGCGUUGACGAAACACAUUCACGCGACUGUCAGAGAGGAGACGACGAGAAUGCUGCUGAACACGACUGUCCUCCAGGAAACCAGCAGGAACAGUCAUCAAAAUGGCGAUGUGGACCUGGCCUCUCAACCUCCCGCCAUCCCGAUGGCCGUCAAACAGUCCAAAGUUUGGAAGGGACUGAGUCCCAUCGGCAAGUGCAAAAGGAUCAGCAAAGUGGCCGGCCGGGUGCUGGGCCUGAUGAUCGCUCUCUACUUCUUCAUUUGUUCGCUGGGUUUGCUUGAGAGCGCCUUCAAGCUGGUGGGCGGACGCGCCGCCGGUGAGACAUUCCGUAACAGCCAGGUGCUGUCCAACCCUGUGGCCGGCCUGAUGAUCGGGGUGCUGGCCACCGUCCUGCUGCAGAGCUCCUCCACAGCGACCUCCAUCGUCGUGGCUCUCGUCGCCUCGGAAGUCAUUCCUCUCAAGACGGGUAUCCCCAUCAUCAUGGGCACCAACAUCGGCACCUCCAUCACCAACACCAUCGUGGCCUUGGCUCAGGCCGGACACAGGGACAAUUUCCGACGAGCUUUUGCUGGGGCCACGGUACACGACAUGUUCAACUGGCUGGCUGUGCUGGUCCUUCUGCCACUAGAGGUCGCUUCUCACUACCUGUAUCAUCUGACAGCUUCCAUCGUCAACUUCAUGAACAUGGGGGGAGACGAUCACGAAAAGGAGAUACUGACUGCCAUUACCAACCCCUUCAUCAAAAUGAUCGUUCAGGUGAAUCGUGACGCCAUAACGGACAUUGCCAUAGAGAAAAACCUGACAUCAACAGAUACGGUGCUCAGCCGCUGGUGCAACCGCCAGACCCUGGCCGUUAACCACACCACCGUCCACUUCAACCCUGUGGACAUCAGAUGCUCGGAGCAAGAGCAGGGCUCCGUGUUCCACAACGCCUGUAUCGCCGCCGACUACCCGGAGCACGCGGUCUUCGCCAUCAGCUGGAACACCACCGCGGUUAUCAACAUCACCACGGCAGGAGAGCGAUGCCGCCACCUGAUGGCGCUGACCGACUGGAAUGACAGCACGGUAGGGGGCGUGCUGCUGGCCCUUUCGCUACUUGUCAUCUUCCUCUCCCUCUUCGCUAUCGUCAAGGUUCUGAGCUCCUUGCUGCAAGGCCAGGUGGCGACCGUCAUCAGCAAGACGCUCAACACCGACCUGCCGGGGCGCGCCGCCUACUUCACCGGGUACAUCGCACUGCUGGUGGGUGUGGGUAUGACCCUCGUCAUCCAGAGCAGCUCCGUCUUCACCUCCACGCUGACACCGCUAGUUGGUAUGGGUAUCAUCAGCGUGGAGCGCAUGUACCCGCUGACUCUCGGCUCCAACAUUGGCACCACUGUCACCGGCAUCCUCGCCGCCCUCUCCACCCGGGGUCGCUUCACGCGCGACGCCAUGCAGCUGGCCCUGUGCCAUCUCUUCUUUAACGUGUCGGGUGUGGUGCUCUUCUACCCAGUGCCCUUCAUGCGAUGGCCCAUUCCCCUUGCCAAGCUGCUGGGUCGCAAGACGGCCAGGUACCGCUGGAUCUCCAUUUUCUACCUCGUCUUCAUGUUCGUCAUUUUCCCGGCAAGCGUGUUCGCGCUGUCGCUGGCCGGCUGGCAGUACCUGGCCGGCAUCGGCGGGCCGCUGCUCGUGCUCUUUCUUGUUACCUCCAUCAUCAACGUCUUGCAGGUCAAGCGGAAGAACUGGUUACCGCCGCGUCUGCGCACUUGGGACUUCCUCCCACGGUGUCUACAUUCCCUGGAGUCCAUAGACCAAGCCCUGCAGUCGUGUUUCGGAUGCAGUGAUGAUGUUGCUAGUUGUUAUCGCCCUCGGGUGGCUGAUGAUGAGGAAGACAAUGAUGACGAUGGUUGUUAAUGGUGGAAGUAGGCAGCCCUAUAAGCACGUGAUUUUCCCUAGACCAACCCACAUUAAAUUAUGUCGCUAAACCACAA